AUGACACAGACAAUGCAGCACUUCAAACUUCUUAUGUAUAUGAAAAAGCCGAAACCUUGGCGUAAAGUGAACGAUAACGAUGGGAAUAGAAUGAGCUAUUGUAAGAAAGCGCAAAAUAUUAAUAGGAUUUGCAGGCGACUUGUAAUUAACCGUGGUCCAAGCAUCCUGUCGAAUUGUUAUGCCACACGAGUCACUAAAAAAAAAUGUCAUAAAAGAAAAGCUGAACCUCCUUUUUUGAUAAAAAACUGUAUCAGUGGACAUGAAAAUUGGAAGAGUUAUAUGCAGAAAAUGGAGUAUUGGACACGAAAACUAGAGCAAAGGAAGCGAAGAAAUGGUCCAAUUAAUUCUUCAUCUGCAAAGGAUCAAAGUCACAUAUCACCUAAUGGUGUUGAGCUAGAAAAUGUGCCAACUUUUACAUCCGCAUCAGCAAAUAGUGCUGCAUUACUACGUUCUUUUUAUACUAUUUGGCAUAUUGGGCGAAUAUCAAGGAAAUCGCUGAAAACAAAUGAUGAGAUUAAAACUGCUUUGAAAGAACUUUCUGCUUCACCAACAGUCGAAAAAUGUUUACGAGUAACGCCAAAAGGUGGUAUUACUGCUAAAAUGAUCACUGACAGAUCUCAGUUAUCGAAACGUGCAUUGUACACUCUGAGUCGAUGGGCACGAAUGAUUGAAGAUGUGGUACAGGAUGGAUAUGAAUCUGGAUAUGAUGAUGAUCCUGUUGAGAUUUGGAAUCGUGCUGUAACUCUUGCCGAUGCAUCAUAUACGGAAAGUGAGUUAAGCAAUGUCACUAAAACUACAGAUGAUGCAACUUCUUUUUCUACCGGUUCUAGUAAAGUAACGCCAAGACGAGGACGAUCUAGGAGAUCUGUUAAUUUGAAUCUGUCAAUUUAA